GGCGCGCUCCCCCGCGGGCCAAUCAGACGCGCAGGAGCAGCCAGCGCGCAGGGCGAGCGGGCGCGGAGCGGAGACAGCGGCCGGCAGGGACAGCAGAGCAGCCAGGCGGCCACUGCUGCUGGUUAUUACCCGAGAGAGUGGAGGAGGAGGAGGAGUGACAGACGCGCAGAGAGGAGAGGACAGGACGGAGGAGAGGACAGGACGGCCCCGGCCAGAGCGCAGCACCGGCCCCGGAGGACGCACGGAGACGCGGAGAAGGAGAGACCCAGACCUCCGCCCCCCCUCCUCUCUCCCUAAAGAGUUGGAAACUGGACUGGAGGCGUCCCCUUCCCACCCCCCACACAACAAAAAAAAAAAAACAACCCCAGACGAAGCCAGGCGUCGACAUGAGUGGCCAGUUUGAGGAAGAUAUCCACGACCGUGGCGAGAGGAAGAGCAGUAAAUCCCCGACGCUGCUCUCCUCUUACUGCAUAGACAGCAUUCUGGGCCGCCGGAGCCCCUGCAAGGUCAGGCUGCUGGGGCCGCAAAGUUUGACGGGGCUGGCCGGCAGAGGAGAGCCGGACAAGACACCCGACGGGGCCACGAAAGAGCCCCUAUCUCUGAGCGCGGACAUGCACCUGCCGCCCAAGCUGCGCCGGCUGUACGGACCCGGGGGGAAAUACCUCCACGACCACGCAGAAAAGCUCCUGGAGCAGCAGGGCGGCGACGGCCUCAAGAUCAGCCAGGCUCCGCAGGUGAGCAUCAGCCGCAGCAAGUCGUACCGGGAGAGCGCGCUGAGCCGCGGGCCGGAGGCCGCGCACAGCCCGGGGGAGAGCGCGCACAGCCCGGGGGAAGAGCUGGUGGAGCUCGGCCCGCUCAAGCUGGAGGAGGACGCCGGGAAUAAGGAGGAGGGCAGCUGCGGGGACGCGGCCGCGCUGUCGCCCAAUAAGGACGAGGAGAGGGAGAGCUUGAACGCCGGGGACGGGGACGGGAGGGACGGGGAGGACAGCGUGUGUCUGUCGGCGGGCAGCGACUCGGAGGAGGGGAUGCUGAAGAGGAAGCAGAGACGGUACAGGACCACCUUCACCAGCUACCAGCUGGAGGAGCUGGAGAGGGCUUUCCAGAAGACGCACUACCCCGACGUGUUCACGAGAGAGGAGCUCGCCAUGCGCCUGGAUCUCACCGAGGCCCGCGUUCAAGUGUGGUUUCAGAACCGCAGAGCCAAGUGGAGGAAGCGUGAGAAGGCCGGGGUGCAGGCCCACCCGUCAGGCCUGCCGUUCCCAGGCCCGCUGGCAGCAGGCCAUCCUCUCAGCCACUACCUGGAAGGAGGGCCCUUCCCUCCUCACCCCCACCCAGCCUUGGAGUCUGCGUGGACGGCUGCUGCGGCUGCAGCCGCAGCCUUCCCCGGCCUGGCCCCCCCACCUCACAACGGUUCUGCCCCCUCCUUGGCCACCCCGCUGGGCCUGGGCACUUUUUUGGGCACUGCAGCCAUGUUCCGCCACCCAGCCUUUAUCGGACCCACUUUUGGCAGGCUCUUCUCCAGUAUGGGUCCUCUGACCAGUGCUUCCACCGCUGCAGCUCUUCUCCGUCAGCCUGCUCCCCCCGUAGAGAACCCCUCCCAUGCUGGCUCUGUCCUCCCUGAUCCUUCCUCUUCUUCCUCCUCCUCUUCCUCUUCAGCGGCAGCCGACCGCAGAGCCUCCAGUAUCGCCGCGCUGCGCCUCAAGGCCAAGGAACACUCAGCCCAGCUUACCCAGCUAAACAUCCUGCCCACUGGAGCGGCGGGGAAGGAGGUGUGCUGAACACUCGACACCAGCUCCAGAGCUCCCUGUCCCGGCUAACGUCCCAUUCCACUACACCCUACCCCUAAAAGAGAGAAAAAAACAACAAAAAAAACCCCCACUCAUACCUCUGGAGGCUGACGUGCUGAUGUACCCCCCUGUUCAACCAUCCCUUUUACCUCAUGUCUCCCCAACUCUAGCACGACCAAAUUCAGAAGAGCACUGGUUUUAAAAAAGAAAAAAAAGAAGAAGUUUGUUGGUGUGUGCCUGACAGAAACGGUCAUUGUAUCGUUCUUUUAUACUGGACCCACACUAAAUUCAAUAUCCUACAAGCUUUCAUUCAAACAAAACAAAGAAUAUUUUGAGAGGAAACCAAAAGAUUUUGUAAGGUCAGAAACUAGAUUACACCACUAACAUGAAACUCUAUCACUGUUAAUCAACAGCAGCAUCUUAUCAAUCAUUUUUCUGCAUUUAUUUCUCUUGCAUUUUAGUGCAGAUUCAAAAACAGAGCUUUUCUUUCUUUGUAAGACAGUAUUUUUGAAAAAUAGUUUGGUUUCUCUGACUUAAGUAACAGCUUGUCGCAAACACACACACACACACGCAUGCACAAACACACAAUGAGAGCUGAAGAACUGCAGGGAAGUCCCAGACUUUUCAGAACGGAUUCCUGCGCUACUUCAAAUGUGGACAACAUGAGUGUUGGUCAUUAACACUGCUUAAUCUGUAUGCAUUGAUGUGGGCUGAGCCGGUCUGAAUUUCUAACAAAGGCAAGUAGGAGGAGGUCCCCCCCUGUACCAAAGGAAAACUGUCCAUAGACCUUCCAUAGCCUUCUCUACAAGCCUGACUCUGCUCCACUGCUCACCUGGCCCUCAGUCAAACACACACACACAUUAUUUAUAUAUAUAUGUA